CAACCCGACCCCUCCCACCCUCCUGCAGACGAUCGGCGGCCGCUUUGGCGCGCGCCCUGGGAGCUCCCUCCGAGAGGCUUCGCAGCGGCCUCCAUUUCACGGGACGACGACGCCGCCGACGACGCCGCCGCCGACGCCGCCGCCGACGCCGCGGGCUGCCAUCGAAGAACCAAAACGAAAAAUCGCUUCGCCAUUAAUACAGCGACGCCUCGGAGCGGUGGGUUGGGGGAGCAACGCGAGGCGAAUCUCUGGCCCGUCGCAGGCCACGGUGCUCGCGUUGUCGUUCGCAUCGGGCAGCAGCAGCAGCAGCAAUCAGUCGCUUGUUUAGCGAGUCGCGGCCUAGAACCCAUCCGCUGGUCACCACCAACCCACCCGGUCUGGACUAAGAAAACCCUCGUCACUCCUCCUCCGCGGAGCGAAGGGCCUCCUCGCAGGCCGGCCGAGCGACCCCUGGGUCCCGGCGAACCGGAGCGGGGCUUUUCCUCCGGCGAACGAGGCUUUGCGGCUCGAAGCGGACGGCGAUGGCACGCGAGUACAAGCCCGGCGACCUGAUCUUCGCCAAGAUGAAGGGCUACCCGCACUGGCCGGCACGGAUCGAUGAAGUGGCAGAGGGAGCGGUGAAGCCUCCGUCCAGCAAGUAUCCCAUCUUCUUUUACGGAACUCACGAAACGGCCUUUCUAGGUGUGAAGGAUAUAUUCCCAUAUCUCCAGACCAAGAACAAGUAUGGCAAGCCCAAUAAGCGCAAGGGCUUUAACGAGGGCCUCUGGGAGAUUGAGAACAACCCCAAUGUCAAGUUUUCCACUCUCAAGCAGAGUUCAGCCCCGUCGGAGAGCGGCAGUGAGGCCAGCGAAGCGGAGGGCAGUGAGCCGUACGGGGGGCGGACGUCCCCACCGGUGAGAGACAGCAGCGAAGGAGAGAGGGCGCCAUCGGACCUGGAGGAAGUGGACGAUUCUGGCACUCACGACAAAGUCCCACCACCGCCUGCCAAGCGUAAAAAACCUGAAGUCGUCUUGGAUGUGCCGGCCAAACGAGUGAGGCGUUCGUCUAGCGAGGAGGCAGGAGCUGCGGAAAGCGGUGCGGAGAUGGAGGAAUUCCCCGAGGCUUCUCGGAGCCCCUCGGGCUCGGAGUACGAGGAGGAGAGUUCUCACGACUCGGACAAGGGCAGCGACGAGGACUUUUCCCCAGAGCGGGUGAAAGGGGCGACGCGGGGUGGCCGAGCGAGCAGCGGCCCAGCGCGUGGGGGAAGGAGGAAGAAGUCAAAGUCCGUGUCUGAAUCUGAAUCGGAGGAAGCGGACGAUUCCAGCGCUCACGAAAAGGUUCCGUCGCCUGACAAGUCUGAGAAGCCUCGUCCAGCCAGCUCGGAGAGCGACUCGGCCGAAGAGCCGUCGCUCGAGGUUUUUUCAAACCCCCCUGAGAGAGUAGUUGAAAAGAAGGCUCCAGCAAAGCCUCGUCCCAGGAAGGUGGAGAAGCCGCCAUCACCCGUCUCGUCUGACUCCAGCAGCGAGAGCGACGACGGGGACCGCGUGAGCGAGUGGAAGCGGCGUGACGAGGCGCGGCGACGUGAGCUCGAGGAACGCCGGCGCCGCCAGGAGGAGGAUGAGCUGCGCAGGAUGCGCGAACGCGAGGAGGAGGACCGCCUCCGCGAGGAGGAGGAGAAGAAGAAGGAGCGGGACGAUGUCAAAAAGGACAAGAAGGGCAAAGAGGACAAAAAGGACAAGGAGCCCAGGAAGGGGAAGAAGGAGGAAGUGAAGAAGAAGCCAGUGGAGAAAAGUCGACCGAAGCCUUCCUCGUCCUCCUCCGACUCCGAGGUGGAGGUGAAGAAGGAGAAGAAAGAGAGCGCUCCUCGUAGGGCGCCGCCCAAAAGGCAGCCCGACCGCAAGCCGGCCAAGGAGAAGAAGCAGCUGAAGGAAGAAGAGAAGGAGCGCAAAAAGCAGGAGAAGCUGCAGCUAAAAAAGGUGGAGAAGAAACGAGAAAUAUCCAUGGAGCAGCGGCUCAACAAGCUGCACGUGGAGAUGAAGCUUUCGCUGAGCUACGCCAACCCCGACAUUGUCAAAUGUUUACAAUGCAUGGAUGAGCUGGGUUCCCUAAAGCUGACGGCCCAGCUGCUGCACAAACACCAGGACCUCGUCGCCACCCUGAAAAAAGCGCGGCGGUAUAAAGCGAACGAGGACGUCAUGAAGAAGGCGACUCUCGUCUACAACAACCUGAAGAACGCGUUCGUGGGCCCCGGCGGUGGCGAGAGACCGGGCCGACCCAGCGGGGAUCGGCUCAGCACCGACACCGCUCCGACGGCGGCCGAGGACGGAGCGGAAACGCAGAAGAAAAACGACGCCGGUGGAGAAGAUUUGAGUGUGAACGGGGCAAUACAGAAGCAAGACAUGGAUGCGAGGGAGGAACAGACCCAAGAUGCGAUGAAGUCGGAGCAGCCCAAGGAGAGCGCCCAUCUAACACCAGCAGCAGGCCCUGUCGAGAAGCCACCUACCGGUGGGCCAGCUGUCGCCACAUCGACGGAACCUGCGAACGGGAGCUGAGAAAACCGUGUCGUCUGCAUUGCAACAUUUGGCUUCGUCGCAGUUCCCUUGACAUCACGCAAAUCACACGCAGUCAUGCGCACAACACUCGCGGGUAUACGCGCACGUGACGCACACACCUGCUCGCCGCGAGAAUACCGCGCGUUCUCCAGCCUCAACCUUAAUGCUAGGUCUGCGCUACGUGAUAAUGACAAGCACUGUGGCAGGCAAUGUUGCUACCAUGGUCCUGCGCAGGGUGGGGGGGGGGUGGUUGGGCACCAUUGUACAGCCACACGGUCUUUGGAAAAAAAAGUGUGGAUUUUCCAUUGAGAACACAAUUAUGCAGAUUGUGGGUUUAUUGUACUCACCUCUUAUCAUUGUGGGGAACUUUUGUUGUCCAUUGUCCUUCUGCAGGCGUUGUCAAAAAGCCAGCUUUCUCCCACGUGUGCAGCAGUGGUUACCAAUUCCCAAGGAGCUGCUCUCCACUAAUGGCAACUGUGGUCCCACAUGCACAGGGGGGGCUGGUUGGCAGUCAAAAGUCGAGUUGAUAAUGUAGUUUGUAGUCCGUCUUUAAUUCUACCCAUUACCAUUAUUUCGUCGGUACUGUAUAUGAAGUGAGCCUUAAGAAGUGUGGACGUGGGUAUUUAGAAGCCACUGCUGUGACUAGUUAAUAGAGAGACAGAGCGGGCCCAGUCCCCAGAAUAAAACGUGACCCUAGGAAGAGGCUUCUUCAAUGUGCUUCAUUAGCCCAGCUGUGACGUGUGGUGGGUUUUUCGCAACCUGUGUUAAAGUGGAAUGUCGCUGAGCUGAUUACUGUGCAGUCUCCACCUCUCCUUGCAUUGGGAGCGCUCCCUACAUCUUUAAUGGAUUUCCACCUCGUGAAAAAGUUACAUCAAAGCACAAGUGUGAUCAAAUAGCGCUGAAAGUUGGGCUGUAAACUGUGGAUUGUUCACACCUCUGCGAACCAACAGGUGCCAUUUAUGACCCUUUUUUAAUACCUUAUGUAUUUGAUAACUCUUUGGACAACUGAAAUUUAGUCUUUAACGGUUUUAAAAGCGUACACAUUUAAAAUUGUGAGUGGGGUGUUUCGCAAUGCGGGGGCAAAGUGAGGCUGUGGCGGCUGGUCAUUGAGUUGUGCCGUUUAACAUCGGUACAAGCUUCUAUGGAAGUGGCUGAUGCAGAAAAGUAUCUUCGUAAUGCAUCCGCCAAUGCUGGAAUUAAAGCCAAUUGGUCUGGUAGAGACACAGGCGACCUGUGUGAUAUCUCCUGGAAUUAAUAAGAAUCCCAGGCUUGUCGAAGUGAAUUGUUGCAGCAGCUUAGCCAGCGAGUCCAGGAUUUCCCGCUCGCUCCCGUGUGCAUCCUUGCCAAGGCCACUGCUUCUCUAGUUUAGAAUUGCAGUUAUUGUAGGCACCUCGGACUGGCAUUUCAGGUCUCCCUUAUGUUAAGUUUUGUAUGAAUGUACCAGUGUGUAGCGUAUUUCCGAUCUCCCAAUGUGUUCCGCUCCGCUUUGCAACGCCGUGUGCACAAGUUAUUGUUACUGAUAGAGAGUAGCCUCUAUAUGGUUAUGGGCUGCAGACGCUCUACGUUUCACACAACGCGCACACGAUUAGCAGGUUUUUUUUUUAAGACAUUUGAAAUGAAUUGGAAAAAAAUAUAUAUCUGUGCUGUGCAGACUGUAUUAUGCCAUGCGUGGAUUAUACUUCCAAUUGGAUUAAUUUUAUGGUGUAAUUGGAUUGGCCAUUGAUAAUGUAACUCUUGGCUGUUUAGAUGUGAUGGUUUGUUAUUUUUAAUAAUUUUUUUUAUAUAUGUUGAGCAGUCUUAGUUCUGCAGCGAAAAUCAGUAGGAACCUUUAAACACUUCUAGAUUUAAAGCUUUCGUGACUGCAAGGAUCCAUACUCUUUGGUUCUAUUCGGUAAAGUCACGUAGGUAAAAAAUAAAACAACAAAAAUCACGACGUUUCGGCCACAACACAUGAAGGCCGCUUGUGUUGUGGCCGAAACGUCAUGAUUUGUUUUAUUUUUUACCUACGUGACUUUACCGAAUAGAACCAAAGAGUAUGAACCUUUAAACACCUUAAAAUGACUGGUACGGUGUUAUAGUGAGGCCAGCGAUUAAGAACGUUAUUAAUGCGCUGUUCGUAAAACGUUACUGCCUGCAGUUAAACGUUCAGACAGUUCAGAAAUGCCUACCUUCAAUAUAACAAGCUGACCAAAAAGAAAGAGUAUGAUCGAACCAGUUUGGUUGGCUGGAAUCUGUAUCUCUUUAGGAAGUUUUAGUCGUUAACCCAUUGAGUUUUUUUUAUAUUUUCCAUAUAAAUUGGUGUAAAUGAGUUUGCCACAUAACACAUGGACCAAAUUAUCAAAGAUCAAAAGCAAUAAAACGGACAUUUCUCGCCAUUAUCAGUUAAAAUCCAAACGUGUUCAUAUUUUCUUGCCGCUGCUGGUGUGCAGUCAAGCGCCCACCACAAUCGCUAUUCACAUGGCACGUUUCCGCUUUUAUACUAUGACCUGUUAAAUAUCAUCACGCUGUUACUUCCCUGGUUAUAAGCAGCACCAUCGGUCCUCAAUAUAACAAUGUCUGCCAAUCGUGUUGAUCUUUGAAAAUGUUCUACCAUGUUUUACAUUACUGGUGACUCACUGAACAGCCCGUUUCCCCCAGGGUGCGACUGACCCUCCCAAAAAUGUGCCCGUUCACGUUGUAUUGAUACAUUGUUUAAUACAUUUGGAGAAGGCAUCCUUUCCUCAAACGGCAGUUUUUUUAGGAAGUCCCGUUUGUUCAAAUAACACUUGUCAUCAACAGGUUUUCCCAGAGACCAGUGUUUUUCAUUGCAAGGCCUGUAGGCCUUUGGCAGCCCUUAAUACACCCCAUCGUGCUGUCAAAACUCAAUGGUUUCAAAUGUGCAGCGGUCGUCGCACUGAUGUCUUAUCGGCGAAAGUGCCACACCCCCCCCCCUGAAAAUGAGUGUCCCUCCCCAAGCCUUGCGGGUUGUGUACGGGUUAUUUCAGCAUCUUCACCACACCGUUUAGUGCGGGUAAGUGAAGGCAGGGCGCAUAGACGUUGGGAGCAUUGCACAGUACAAUAAUGUAUUUUGCUCCACCGUACCCAGUUGGCAACGUAGCCCCGUGAGUAAAGCAGCAGCAGCAGUGUUGGCAGGCAAUUUGUCAACCGCAUUUCUCUGGCCAUGUGAACAUCUUCCAGCAGAAACCAAGGUGUAUGAAGAUACUUAAAAAUAGGUUUAAGUGUAAGUGACGCUAUGUAAAUAUGUGCCAGACUUAAACAUUUCCUACUCUUCACAAGUUGUGUUUGUGUGCCUGUGUUUUGACUAUACAAUUCAUUAAAACAUUGUUGGACUUUUUC